AUGCAAGUGUUGAGUUGCAUAGUUGGCAGUGCACUGGUUUGUGCUCAGAUGGGUGAGAGCAAGGAUGUUACAGAAGUUGGUCAGUUUGAGAUAGUGAAAUGUGCGGCUGUUACAAUACCCAAACUCCAGAUACAAACCUUCAGAACUCUCUUUAAAGUACACUACGAGGGGUCUGACGAAGAGCUGUUGUUUGUACCACGAGGUUUUAACUCAAACCGGCUUUUGAGACGCAAGAAAGCUCAACGGCGAAAGGACUUUAGGGGCUGGACAAAGUCAGAGAACGGUUCACCAAACAUGCCAAGAUCGGUUCCAGAUGUAAUCUCUCCCUCAAAGCCCUCCCCGGAUAUGACGGAGAAUAGCCCCAGUAUGUUACCAAAGGCGAAACAUAAGCUCAAAGCAGGUGACAUCACGUCCAUUCUGAAAAAUAGAAAAUCUUGUGAUAAUAGGAGCAGUGAGAAUAUAGCUGAUCAAGGAUCCGAGGUUGAAGUUAAGAAGAUAAGCUGUGAAAUAACAGUUCAAGAGCCCAGUCGUCGUAGACUCCCAGAGAGACAAAGAUCACAGAGUGAACGGGGCCACAGAUUGGACAACUCUAUCGUUCAGAAAAUAAAGCUAUCGUCUACUUCAUCGGCGCCAUCUGCAGCUUUCUUCCUCAACAACGGCAAUCCUCUAUCCUCAACAUCUCAGCCAAACCUUUCUAAAGUUUUAGAGGCAGAAGGGAAGGAGGGAGAGGACCGCACGAAGGAUGUGGUGUAUGAGAAUAGGGAGUACAGAGACAGAGUUUCCCGUGCAUCUACUCCCCCCUUGCAGCGAGUAUCCCGUGCAUCCACUCCCCCCUUGCAGCGACAGUUCGAGGAACCACUUCAGGGUUUCCACGUUGUCAGGCCAAGCUCAUUUCAACCCAGAGAAAUAUCCACCACUCCUCCACGAAGCGUGCUGGUCCCCAAAGCCAGAACCCCUGUCUCUUCUCACCACCUGGAGAAGCUGAACUCUGUAGAGACCUUGCUUUGUGAGAUCAUGUCCCGACUUGACAACUUGGAGUGUUGUUCCAGAAGCAGUGUCAGACCCAACAAAGUCAGACAAACCAGAAGCAAGACAAAAGUGUCUCUGAAAAUAAGGAUAUUCCGGGAACAGCGUCAGAUCAGAAAACACUUGUCCAUGAUCGACAAAAGGACUUCUCUUCUUACAAAGAAAGUAGACAGACUCAACAGUCAGACACGAAUUGGAAAAGAAAGACCCCAACAGUUAGACGAAAUCCUGAAAUUUCUUCAAAUUGAGGAUUUCAGAGGUAUAUUGGAAAGAGAACAUGUAUCCAGGGACGACUUUUUCCUCCUAAACAAGCCAGAUCUCAAAGAGAUGGGUUUUCCACUUGGUGUCAGAAGAAGAAUUCUAAAUUACAUCCGAAACUGAAACUGCUGACCAGUCCACCUCCAACCUGGAAGUGUAACUGUAAAGCACAUAGUAAACAUUGCCGAUGGCUUCUGACAAGAUCAAGGGAAAAUGAAAUGAUAUAUGCUAUCAUCAGGAUCAGAGAUAACUAUUAAUUUUCAUUAGUGCAGAUGUAGGCUGAUAACGUUUUGAGAUAUUCAUCCGGGUUAUUGAAUCAUAUAAAGGAUGUAGCUGAGUAGAUUUCAUGCGGGUUAUUGAAUCAUAUGAUAGAUGUAGCUGAGUAGACUUCAUGCUAGGGGGAUUUGAAAGAAGCCUGUGAAGCAUGAUGUCAUGAUAAAUUAUGGUUAUGUGGAUUUGGUAUGUCGCAUGAGAAUUAUUGGAUCUGGUUGGAUUUUUCCAUUUGCGAUCGUGGUUU